AUGUCCCUUGUGGUCCUGCUCUCCACGGUGCCCUUGGUCAGUGCAGCCCAGACUGCUGGCUCCCUGCCCACCAUCAGACCCUCAGAUGUCUUCUCCACGGAAGGAGAUGUGCUCAUCGGGGCUGUGACCCCCAUGCAUGCAGUGAUGCACCAGACUCACGUCAGUUUCCAGCAGCCUCCAGAGCAGCCACUGUGUACACAAUUCAAAAGCCACUUCUUCCUGAAUGCUCUGGGCCUCCUCUUUGCUGUGGCUGAGUCUCGGGAGGACCCCAGCUUCCUCCCAAACAUCACUGUGGGGCUGCAGAUCCAUGACUCCUGCAUCUCAGGGACCCAGGCCCUGCGCAGCACCCUGGCUCUGCUGUCCAACCAGCUACGGCCCACGCCCAACUUCAGCUGUGGUCCCCAGCGCCUGCUCCUCGGGGUGAUUGGAGGCAUGACCUCGCCAGAGUCACAGCCCAUGGCUGAGCUUCUGUCCGUGUACAGAGUCCCACAGAUCAGCCACGGAUCCCAGCACCCCCAGUUCUCCAACCACCACCGGUUCCCGUCCUUCCUGCGCACAGUGCCCAGCAGCGCCCACCAGCCCUGGCUCCUGGCCAGGCUCCUGGACCAUUUCAAAUGGACCUGGGUGGGCCUGGUGGGUUCUGACAACGGCAACUUUGAGCAGCUGGACCAGCAGCUGCGGGCACUGGUGCAGGCCCAGGGCGGCUGUGUGGCCUUCUCAAGCAAGAUUUCCGGUCCAAACAGCAGCAUCCAAAGAGCGGCCACACACAUCACCUCGACGCCCACUGCCCGGGUGAUCAUCUGCGACUGCUACCACUUUCACUUCCAACUCUUGGCUGAAGCCCUGGAGGACUGGGUGGUUGGAAGGACCUGGGUCUUCUCCACUUCCUUCCUCUACAGCCCUUCCGUGCUGGACCCCAGGGCCCAGCGUCUGCUGGAUGGCAGCCUGAACCUGGCCAUCUCCGCUGGGACCAUGCCUGGCCUGCAGGGCUUCCUGCUGGCUCUGCGCCCAGCCGCACACCCUGACAGCAGUCUGCUGAGGAAGCUGUGGGAGCAGCUGCAUGAAUGCAGGUGGCCUGGCCUCGAGGCUUUCCCCCAAAGCUCUAGGGAAGGGGCUCCAAUGUGCACGGGUCUGGAGAACAUGACUGUUGCCCACCUGGCCCCCUUCCGACUUUCCGAUCUCAGCGCCACCUACCAAGCCUAUCUGGCUGCCCGAGCCCUGCUGGUCGCCUAUCAGACCCUGACCUCUUGCUCUGCAGGUGAAGGACCAUUUGUGGGAGGCACAUGUGCCCAGGCACAGGCUGCCAGGCCCUGGCAGCUGCUCUACUACACACAAAACGUCCGCUUCACCACCAGCGCCCAGGAAGAGAUUUUCUUCACUAGAGAAAGGGAGAUGCUGACGACCUUCGACAUCCAGAAUAUCAAGGUCCUUGAGGCACAGAGGGGACAGAAGGGCACAGUGGGACAUUUUAACUUCAGGGCACCCGCCGGGAAAGAGCUAGAGAUCCAGGAAGCAGCUGUCACCUGGGCGGGAGGAGGCUCCCAGGUCCCUUCCUCGGUCUGCAAUGAAAAGUGCCCUGUGGGGACCAGGAAGUCAGCCCUGCACGAGAAGUCAAAAUGCUGCUACGAAUGCCUGCCCUGCCCCAGAGGGGAGAUCGCCCCGGCACCAGAUAGUGCCGUGUGCAAGAAGUGUCCUGGGGACCAGUGGCCUGGAGUGGGGAAGAGCCAGUGCAUCCCCAGAACCCUUGACUUCCUGUCCUACCACGAGCCCCUUGGCAUGGUGCUAGCCGCCUGCACAGCCCUGCUCUUCCUCCUCACCCUGGCUGUCCUGGGCAUUUUCAUUCGGCACCACCACAGCCCCAUCGUCCGUGCCAACAACCGCCGGCUAAGCUACCUCCUGCUGGGCGCCCUGGCAUUCUGCUUCCUCUGCCCCUUCCUGUUCCUGGGCCACCCGGGUAUCAUCACUUGUGCUAUGCGCCAGGCAGCCUUUGGGGUCACCUUCACAGUCUGCGUGUCUACUGUGCUGGCUAAGACAGUUGUGGUGGUGGCCGCCUUCCACACCACACAGCCGGGCAUUCACAUCAGCAAGUGGGUGGGGUCCCGGCUCCCUAGCACCAUCCCCAGUGUCUGUUCCCUGAUCCAGGCUGCCUUGUGCACCCUCUGGGUGGCCCAAUGGCCCCCGAGGCCUAUGAACUCCACGGAGCCCGGGGCCAGCAUCACGGUCAAGUGCGACGGGGGCUCCGUGGCGCUGUUCUACACCAUGCUGGGCUACUUGGCUUUGCUGGCUCUGGUCAGCUUGCUGGUGGCCUUCCCUGCCCGCCGGCUGCCUGACACCUUCAAUGAGGCCAAGCACAUCACCAUCAGCAUGCUGGUCUGCUCCUGUGUUUGGGUGUCCUUCAUCCCUGCCCAUGUGAGCACCCAAGGCAAAGACACGGUGGCCGUGGAGGUCUUCGCCAUCUUGGCAUCAGCCGCAGGCCUCAUGUGCUGCCUCUUCUUCCCCAAAUGCUACAUCAUCCUUCUCCACCCUGAAAGGAACACCAGAGGACAAGUGCUUGGCAGACAAGAUCCCAAGUGA